GAACUUGGAGCAGGGCAGAGCAGCGCCUCCUGUCCGCAGUGCCCAUGGAGCAGGGUGGUGCCGACACUGGGGGGGCUGGCGGCACGGCUCCCCCCAAAGCCGAGGGGGGAGCCCCCCAGGAUGCCCAGCCCCAAGCGGGGACAGUGCCAGCCGCCACCGCGGCACAGGAUGAAGGCACAGCUGAGCCUGGCCAGGAGAAGGCUGCAGGAGAGGCUGCAGGAGGGAAGACAGAGCUCGAGCAGGAGACAGGUCUGGCUGCUUCAGAGCCCCAGGAUGGACGGCAAGCAGUUCCAGGAGAGGAGGCUUUGGCUGUGCAGCACGAUGGAGCACAGGCAGCAUCCAUCGGGGAGAAGGUGCCGGCUGCCACCGAGGCCCAGAGUGUAGGGAAGGAUGAGAAAGAUAAGCUUGGGAAGAAGAAAGCUCCAGCUGCAGGAGAGCUCAAAAGAGGAAAGGCUUCAGCUGCUGCAAAGGCUAAAGACGGAGGGAAGGAUGAGCCGAUGGAGGCGAAGGGCCUGGCUGUAACUGAGGCACAGGGUGGAGGAAAGGACAAGCCUGAGAAGGAGGAAGCCGUUGGUGGAUCAGGGUUUGAGAGCAGUGGAAAAACAGAGUCCACUGAGGAGAAGGCUCUGCCUUCAGCAAACUCCAAAGGAGGGAAGGCAAAACCUAUGGAGGAGACAGCCUUGGCAGCAACUCAGGCUCAGGAUGGAGGCAAAGGGGAGCCUGCAAAGGAGAAUAUCACAGUGGUUGCAAAACAGGAGGUCUCAGCCACUGCUAAAGCUCUGGAUGAAGGAAAGCAAGAUGCAAAAACAGAGCAAGCCACAGCUGAUAGCAAGCCUGCAAAGGAGAAAACCAUGCCUGCUGCAAAGGAGAAGCCCCCAAAUGCUGCAAAGGCUCAGAGUGGGGAGAAUAAAGUGGUAAAUGCAGAAAAAGCCCCAGCAGUUAAAAAGCCUCCAGAUGGAGUCAAAGAGGAGCCCACAAAGCAGAAGGCUCCAGCUCCAGUGAAGGAGAAAGCCCCAGCUUCAGUGAAGGAGAAAGCCAUAAUUCCUGCAAAGGAGAAGCCCAUAAUUCCUGCAAAGGAGAAAGCCCCAGAUGCUUCCAAGGCUCAAGAUGGAGAGAAGCCAGAAGCAAAGGUAGAGAAAACACCAGCUGAAAAAAUGGCUCAAAGUGGAGGCAAAAAAGAGCCCGAAAAGGAGAAGUCCCCAGCAGCUGUGAAGGUGCAGGAUGGAGGGAAGAAAACAGCAAAGGUGGAAAAACCCGCAGUUGCAUCAAAGGCUGGAGAUGAAGGAAAAGAUCCUAAAAAGGAGAAGGUCCAGGCUACUACAAUGGAGAAGUCCCUAACAGCUGUGAAAGUGCAGGAUGAAGGAAAGAAAACUGCAAAGGUGGAAAAACCCACAGUUGCAUCAAAGGCUGGAGAUGAAGGAAAAGAUCCUAAAAAGGAGAAGGUCCUGGCUACUACAAUGGAGAAGUCCCCAACAGCUGUGAAAGUGCAGGAUGAAGGAAAGAAAACUGCAAAGGUGGAAAAACCCACAGUUGCAUCAAAGGCUGGGGAUGAAGGAAAAGAUCCUAAAAAGGAGAAGGUCCCGGCUACUACAAUGGAGAAGUCCCCAACAGCUGUGAAAGUGCAGGAUGAAGGAAAGAAAACUGCAAAGGUGGAAAAACCCACAGUUGCAUCAAAGGCUGGGGAUGAAGGAAAAGAUCCUAAAAAGGAGAAGGUCCCGGCUACUACAAUGGAGAAGUCCCCAACAGCUGUGAAAGUGCAGGAUGAAGGAAAGAAAACUGCAAAGGUGGAAAAACCCACAGUUGCAUCAAAGGCUGGGAAUGAAGGAAAAGAUCCUAAAAAGGAGAAGGUCCCGGCUACUACAAUGGAGAAGUCCCCAACAGCUGUGAAAGUGCAGGAUGAAGGAAAGAAAACUGCAAAGGUGGAAAAACCCACAGUUGCAUCAAAGGCUGGGAAUGAAGGAAAAGAUCCUAAAAAGGAGAAGGUCCCAGCUACUGCAAAGGCUCGGGAUGGAGGGAGGAAAGCUGCAGAGGUGGAGCCUCCCACACCUGGAGCAGAGGCUGGGGAUGGGGCUGCAGAGCCCACGGAGGCAGCAGCCAUGGCUGUAGUGAAGGCUCAGGGUGAAGGGGAGGAAGUGUCCAAGGGGACAGAGGGACAGCCACCAGCAAUCCCUGAGGCCCCGCGCCCGGCUCUGCUGCAGAGCCUGAGCUGCCCGGCUGCCUGCCACAGGGAGGAGCAGCCCUGGGCAGAGGUGGCAGAGAUGGAGACAAUAGAAGAGGAGACCACGAUGGUGGAGACAAAAGAGGGUCCGACAGAGCCUGGCUCUGGCCAACGAGCCCUGGGGGACUUGCAGCCCCUGGAACCCCCCAGCACCCCCCAGGAAAGGACAUUGCCCAGCUCCACAGGGCAGGCCCUGGAUCCUGCUGGGGUGGCAGAGCAGCCUGGACCUGGGGUGCAACCAUCUUUGACAGAGGCAAAGCCACCCCCCAGCCCCUACCUCACCCCUGAUUUUGGAAAGGAAGACCCUUUUGAGAUAUUGGAUGAUGUCCCUCCGCCGCCAGCACCCUUCGCUCAUCGCACUGUCACCCUGCGCUCCGCCAAUGUCAGCUCCCAGUUCAGCCUCAGCUCCAAGGACAUCCUGGGCGGGGGCAAGUUUGGUGAAGUUCACACAUGCACAGAGAAGGAGACAGGGCUCAAGCUGGCAGCCAAAGUGAUCCGGAAGCAGGGACCGAAGGAUAAGGAGAUGGUGCUGCUGGAGAUUGAUGUGAUGAACCAGCUGAACCACCACAAUCUCAUCCAGCUCUACGAUGCCAUCGAAACAUCCCGGGAGAUCAUCCUCUUCAUGGAAUUUGUGGAGGGUGGUGAGCUCUUUGAGCGGAUCAUCGACGACGACUACCACCUGACAGAGGUGGACUGCAUGGUGUUCGUGCGGCAGAUCUGCGAGGGCAUCCGCUUCAUGCACCACAUGUGCGUCCUCCACCUCGACCUCAAGCCUGAGAACAUCCUCUGUGUCGCUGCCACUGGGCACAUGGUGAAGAUCAUCGACUUUGGGCUGGCUCGAAGGUACAAUCCCAAUGAGAAGCUGAAAGUGAACUUUGGCACCCCUGAGUUCCUCUCCCCUGAGGUGGUCAACUACGAGCAGGUCUCCUACACUACGGACAUGUGGAGCAUGGGUGUCAUCACCUACAUGCUGCUCAGCGGCCUCUCCCCCUUCUUGGGUGACGAUGACACCGAGACACUGAACAAUGUCCUGGCUGCCAACUGGUACUUCGACGAGGAGACCUUUGAGAGCGUCUCCAAUGAGGCCAAGGACUUCGUUUCCAACCUCAUCAUCAAGGAUAAGAGUGCCCGGAUGAGCGCUGACCAGUGCCUGCAGCAUCCCUGGCUCAAUAAUCUGGCAGAAAAAGCCAAACGCUCCAACCGGCGGCUCAAGUCCCAAGUGCUGCUCAAGAAAUACGUCAUGAGGCGGCGCUGGAAGAAAAAUUUCAUCGGCGUGUGCGCUGCCAACCGUUUCAGGAAGAUCACAAGUUCGGGGUCUUUGACAGCGCUGGGCAUCUGAGCUGGGCUCCCGGGAGCCGAGGCCAGAAAGGAACCACUUGAGAGGAACCCCCACCAGUCUGGAGCGGCUCUGUCGAACUGGUCCCACUGCGCUCAGGACCACAUCACCACUGGGGGUGCUCGCAGUGGCCUUAAGGCUCCUGAGGCUCCAGCUCUCCUCACUCCCACUGAGCCGAUGCUCCUGUCGGGAUUUCCUCAGACUGUGAAGCCGCUCUGGAAUGAAGGUUUCUGAUGUCAUCUCUGGCCCUGUGGUGGCUGCGUGAUGCCCGACCUGCAGCAUCUCUGCUCUGCUCACGCUUCCUUCUCGUGCCCUCGGGGAAGGAAGGCCAUUCCGGUGUGAUCCCGCUGCCUCGGCCACCUGGUGCUUGCUGCUUUGGACUCAAAAUGUGCCCUCUCUGCCUGUAAAUGCCGCAGCCCUGCCUGCCUUCACUGCCGCUGGCCUCUGCGCUGCCCGAUCUCCCUUCACAGCUCUGUGGCUCGGCAAUGAUGCUGGAGGGCACCGCGGACCCUCAUCCUGGUGCUUUGGCACCGGAGCUGGUGCUCAAGCACCUCCUCCUGGCCAGCUGGGCAUGUGGGAGCGGAGCUGGCCCCGAGCUGCUGCCCGCACAGGAAGGGAGGAAGCAGCAAGCACGCUUCCAGCGGCGUCCCCAGCUGGGAGCCAACGAGGAAAGAAGGAGGCUUUGUGUUCCUCCUGCCCUCCCUGCCCUUCGGUUCUGCCAGCGGGGGAAAAACACAACCUCUGCUUCACCCGUCCCCGGCAGAUCGCGAUGAGCGAGGCGGGCUAAUGCAGAGCAGCUGGCCCGCGCUCCGGCCGGCAGCGCUCACCCGACCACCAACACAGCGGAACUGCUCCCCCGCCCUGCACUGGGCUCCGCGGGACCUGCUGCGACUGGGAAGGGGGUGCUGCUCCAGCGCCUUGUCCCGAUCCCCGUCCUCUCUGCCUGCAGCCCUCGGGCCUCCGCGGUGCUGCCAGAGGAUGGGCAUCCCCUGGAAUUUGCAGCAUCCAGCCUUGCCCACUGCAGGAGAGGAUGGGGGGUUGGCAACAGGUCCCCCAGCUUUGGCUUUUGCCAUGGCUGAGCCCCGCCCAAGCCAAGACUGUGUGUUUGCUCUGCAGCUGCCUCUGCCCCCUGUGCCUGCUGGAAAAGCAUUGGGCAGAGACAUAGGGAGACAUUGCCCCUCACCCCCACAUUGGCUGCAGCAGGGGCAGGGGCUUCAGGCUUGUCCCCCUGGGCAGGAGCCACGGCCGGUGGGACCCUGCCCAUAAUGGAGCUCUCCACAACGCUCACCUUCUUGUAAAUAAAUGUACAGGUCUGCCCA